GGGUUUUGACACACCAACCGAGGAACCACCAGCCCCUCCUAACUCUUCCUCUUCUUCUCCUUCAAGAUUAAGAAAGAAAAGAUGAACCGAGCUAAGCAUCCAAACCUACGAGCCCUGAGUAAGCUAACAGAGUCUCGGAUUCUAAAGAAAAUAACCCAAUUGCUACUCUCAGUUUCAGUGUUCUCCUUGCUUUUAUCUAAUUAUUCCUCUGGGCCUUCUUUCCUUCAUUCCUUGUUCUUCUACUUGUCUACAGUCCCUGUCCAGUUGUUUACCCAUACCUUAGACAAGAACUGCAUCUUCCUCCUCUGCAAUGGACUCCUAGUUUUCGUCGCUAGAUACUCGGGUUUGGCCCCCACUAUUGAUGAUCAUCAGUCUUUCAAGAAGUAUGAAGAUGCCACAUCGGAGUCUAGAAUGCCAGUGCUGCCGGGGGAUGGAUCAGGUUUGGUGGAGAAUGUUGAUGGUUUCCUGCAAGAAAACAUUGCUGUCACGCAAGAAGAUGGGUUCGUGAAUGAUAAUGAUCAUGGACGAACAGAAGAUAGAGAAAUUGAGGAGCUCAUCGUGGGAGAUCGAGAAGAAAAGGAUGAUGACAAGGGAGAUGGAGGAAUUGGGCUCUUGAUUAUUGGGAAAGAAGGAGACCAUGGAAGUGAACUGUCUCUUCAAGGACACGAGGAGGUAGAGUCCUUGAAUGAUGAGGAAUUCCAUGCCACUACUCAAGAAGAAUAUCAAGCAGAAUAUUAUGUCGACGAUGGUGAAGAAAAUGGAGUGCUGAGUACACAAGAGUUGAACGAGAAGUUUGAAGAAUUCAUUAGAAAGACGAAAGAAGAGAUAAGAACUGAAGCUCAACAACAAUAUCUAGUCAUGGCUAAUUAAUUCAUAUUAUCAGCCAAUUAUCUCAUGUCUGUAAACGAUGUAUAAUUGUCUCGUUCUGUUUAAUAUAGACAGCCUUAUUAAUCACAUUAAUCUA